UAUAAACGUAAAAAAAAAAGUGACAAAAAAUUUCAUAUAUAUGUGCGUUUACGUGCAACGCACGUAUCCUUUGCUAGUUUUAAGAAACAUGAGAUGAGAAGUACUCUUCUCAAAUUCAACUGAUACAAUCAUUACAACUUAUUUAAUGAACAAAAGGGGAUUUCAUGCUGAUUAGAAAACAAAAAUUAGAAGAUCGAUGUAAUAAUUUCAAGUACAAAACCAACUUUAAGUACCAUACAAAAUCUAUAUAUACCCUAAUUCAAAGGCUUAUUAAUCAAGCUCACCGAAUUGGACAUAAUCGUUAAAUUCAUUUUUCCUCCAGUUCAACCCUUUCCACCCGCAAAACUUCUCUCCUCCCUUUCAAGUUUCAACCACCGCAAAUAUCUACUCAUCCCUUCCAGCCACCGCAAAGUAUUUUUCCUCCCUUUCAAUUAGUUGAAUUAGUUGCGAUUAAUUGUGAAAUUGCAAUUAUUGGUCUGGUUAUUGCUGUAGUAUUUGCUAAAUUGAAUUGAUUCACUGGUGUUUCUUGAUUUUUUGAAGAGGAUUUUUCGAAGGUUUUUUAAUGGCGAUAAUUGACGAAGAAAAUUAUAAUCCUCUGUUUCCCGCUACACCUAGCGAUAUCGUUCAUUCUUUGCAAUCCGAAAUUGAGUUUUACACCAACGAGUUGAAUGAAACCAAUGCACAGAUUGCCGCUUUCAGAGCCUUGUUUGUCCAACCGCUUCUUGGUGGUCUCAGUACUGACCCUGGUGCUGUUGACCCUGCUAGUGUUUACCCUGCUGGUGUUGACCCUGUUGCUGAUCCUGGUUGUCACGUGCUGACUAUUUCCAAGCCUUAUGCAUGUUGCUCACUAGCGUCACAGUUCCGUCGGAUCACUAGUCAAGACACUUCACCCCUUUAA